UAGUCUCUAAGCCUCAACAAUGGACUCGCCCCAUAACAAAGCCGAAAUUAAGUGCCCAGCCACAACCGAUCACUCCUCAAUAUUACACCUCGGCCUUCAUCAAGCCGUCCCUGAGCCGCCACAGCCUGCAGCCAUGUCCGGCUACCGAGAAUGCCGGAAGAACCACGCUGCCCGGCUCGGGAGGCUGGCCCUGGACGGUUGCAGGGAGUUCAUGCCGUCCACCAGUACUUCCGCUGGCAUGACCAAUGUCCCCGGCUUCCUCAUAUGUGCAGCUUGCGGGUGCCACCGCAACUUCCACCGCCGCGACUACUGGGCCAGCCCGGGCCUGGCCCAGGGCCCAUCAUCACCGAGGCCGUUAUCGCCUGUCCCGACUUCCUACUACGCGCCAGCACCAUGGAUGCUGCAGGCCCCCGGCAGCAGCAGGGUCCCGGAGCCAGUGACAAUGAUAUCAUCACCCGAUGGUGAUGAGGAGGAUGAUCGGCGGUCAUCCAGGAUGGAAGAGAGGAAGAAGCGAGGGAGGACUAAGUUCAGCAAGGAGCAGAAGGAGAAGAUGGAGGCUUUUGCGGAGAAGGCGGGGUGGAAGAUGAAGAGUAGCUGUGAGGAUGAUGAUGGUGAUGAGAACAAUAAGGCGGUGGAGGAGUUCUGCAGAGAGGUGGGAGUUAGCAGAGGCGUGCUCAAGAUUUGGAUGAACAACCACAAACGAAGAAAAGCAUCUUCUUGAUGAUGAUCAAGAUCAUGAUCAUGAUCAAAUAUACACAUGAGAAAUUCAUUAACUUGCAUGACAAAUUGAAUUUCUAUCUUGUAGCUAGAUUGGUUCGGAGAAUAUUAUUAGAUCAAUUUUAACUUAACAUAUCGCAUUGAACUUUUCUAUGUUUUCUUGCAUGCUUUGCCAAAAACGUGACCAAAGUACC